CAAUGACCCUCAUGUUGCUAUGGAUACGUCAACACACUUAAGACGGUUAGCUGACAAUUGGAGGUCCGAUACGAGAUAAAACACGUAAGUGGGCGUAAAACGACACCAAAUUCUGCAUUUUUCGGCGUCGGUUGAUUGUAACACUCUUCAAAUUUAGCAGACUCCUACAGAGACAUAUUUCGGUGAGCAUUUAGCUCCAUAGAGUUUUGUAAGAGUUUGUCUCCAGUAGCUCCACCCACUUCAUUAUUAAGUUUAUAACGUUAUUUCUUCGCGUAAUCGUCAGCAUGGAGGUUGGAGAUAAACUGAGAGAACUGAACAUGACAGUGGAUGAAAUCGACAGGAUGGCAAAAGCUUUCAAAGACGAGAAAUUCAGGGAAAUGCUGCACGAUUAUGCCCGAGAAUUAUCAGACCCCGAGAAUAAGAAAAGGUAUGAAGAAGAGAUCAGAAUUUUGGAGCAGGAGAGAGGAAACACGAUUGAGUUUAUCCACCCAGAACCAUUUAGGGCUCUCAGGACGAGUGUGAACGGCAAGCAGAAGUGUUUUAUCAACAUCUGUGCCAAUGAAAAAGUUGGAAAGCCAGCCUGCCAGCCAGGGGUGUCAGAUGAAGGCCGCAGAGGACAGUGCUGGUCCUUGCCUCACAGUCUGCACCCAGGGAGGCAAGACACAGAUCCAAAAGGAAACAAGAUCAUGAUCUAUGAUGUUAUUUUCCACUCUGACACUCUCCAUAUGGCAAGCAAGAACAAGAGAUUCAUGGAUAUGGUGGACAGCACAGCCAUUCAGGGAAUCCAAAAUGCUUUUAACGUGACGCUGGACAAAAACAACAUACGAGAGACGAGUACAAAAUACAAAGGCACUCCACAUCCCUGUGUCAUCCGAAAGCCCAUACCUGGAUAUAAAGCUGACAAGCCUGACCCUCUUGCUUUCCCAUACCCAGAUGAGAAAAGACCUUCCUCAUCGUUGCAAACCAAUCCUACAGAACCACCUGCGACAAAAAACAGCAGUGAUGCUGAACCUCUUAAAAGCUUCCAGAUCCAGCCUCAGAAAAGCAGAGAGCCGACUAAGCCAAACCACACAGUAAAAUAUAGAUCUUUCAUUGAUCUACAGGACUUCCGGUGUUCCAGAGACUCAGCCCAAAGCCCUAGGCCCAAAGAGAUAAUAGUUACGAUUGACGUGCCACUUCUGAAGGCAGCCAAGGAUGCCAGCCUUGAGGUAAAAGAGAGAAAGCUGCUGCUUGAGUCCAAGAAACCAGCCUACAGGUUGGAGCUGCCCUUAGCCUACCCUGUGGAUGAAGAUAAAGGAGAGGCAAAGUUCCACAAACAGAGCGGACAGCUUACAGUCACACUUCCGGUUCUUCCUUCAAAUGAAGCUUUUGAUUUUGGUGUAAGGCCUGCCCAGACUAGUGUUAGUGAUGAUGAGAGGCAGGGAGACAAAAGUGAAGUGGAAAAGGAGAAUACACUUAAGGAGAAGGAGAGUGAAAGCCUGAGAAAUGAGGACCAAGGAGGUGUUGAGGAGAAGGUUAAGAAUGAAAGAGACAUUGAGGAGGAGGUUUUGAAGCAGCAGACAAGAGUAGAAAAAGGUGAAGAAGAGGGAGAAAGAGGUCAGGAGAAAGGAGAGGAGCAGAUGAGGGAGGGAGAAAACAACAAAAGAAGAGAAGAAAUUGAUGUGGAGGAGGAGGCAAAAUGGAAUAUGCAGAUGCAAAAAUGCCAAGACAGUGUGGAGGAGGAGAAAUUGAAAGAGCAGAAACAGAAGAAUGAGGAAAAGGUAGGAAAAUCAAACCCACAGAAAAGGCAACAAGAUGAGGACAAAUGGAUCAGUAAACUGAAGACAGUAAGGGAAGAUAAAUGUGAGAGCGCAGCAGAGAAAAGGGAUUCGGGUGUAACAAAUGUUCCAUCUGAAACUGUUGAGAGACGCAUGGUUUCUUCUGAUGAGCACACAACUGCCCCUAAAUAUUCAGGUUGCACAGUAAAAGAGGGAGGAAUAAAUCGGAACUUGUGUAUGCAGUCAACGCCUAAAAUGACGACUUCAGAUCUCAAAGAGGAUACUGAAAAACCACAAGAGACCGUCAAUGGAAAUCUGAGGUUGGAAAGAGAUGCUGCAUUUCUACGCAGAUCCAGUGAGGCUGUGUCUCCCAUACCACCUGAUGCUCAAAGCCAGAACGUGAAGGACCUCUGCAUUUCCUGGGGGACUGAGGGGUCCAGCGAGACGCCUGCAACAAACAAUGCAAACAAGUCAAGCAGAGGAGGUUCACACAACAGUGACCCCCUAUGCGCUGAAGAACUUGCCACAGGCUCAGUGAAGCCAGAGCAAAAGGAGAACGUGGAUGAAGAUGACCUGCCCACAGAGCAAACCUUCCACAAUCCAGAGCACGAUAACAAGCCUCCACCUGUGUUGUUAAGAGAAAUUGAUAAAGAUGGAAAUGAAAUGGUAAUAGGUGAACAUUCAACAUCUGCUGGGUUUGUCUUCCAAAACUCCCUGAUGUAUGAGCUGGAAUGAAGACAAAGUACAACAGUUAAGAGGAGGU